GACGUUUAGAAUCGAUAGUAUGGCUAUACCUAGAGUACGACAUGUGAGCGCUUGUUUUGAUUUUUGUUGAGGUUAUGGUCUAACGUGUAUACAUAGUUAUCAGAAGAUGUGAACCAAUAUUAGAUGUUAAAAAUGGAAGAACAUAGCAUGUACGGAGACUGGACAGGAGAUCCCAAAAAACUGGGAGAUGCAGUGAAGCCUAUCGAAGAAAAAUGGAAACUAGUACCAGCAUUUCUACAAGUCAAAGGACUUGUGAAGGAGCACAUAGACUCAUUUAAUUACUUCAUCAAUGUGGGGAUAAAAAAGAUUGUUGAAGCAAAUGAGAAAGUAUUGAGUGAUGCGGACCCCUUGUUUUAUGUAAAGUACCUGAAUGUAACAGUCGGUACACCUGAUGUUGAAGAAGGUUUCAAUAUUUCCAAGGGUACAACACCUCAUGAGUGCAGGCUACGUGACAUGACAUAUUCAGCUCCAAUAACUGUAGAUAUUGAAUACACAAGAGGUAAUCAAAGAGUUGUUCGAAAUGGGCUCCUCAUAGGCAGGAUGCCAAUUAUGCUUCGCAGCUCUAACUGUGUUCUUACUGGGAAAAGUCAGGCAGAACUGGCCAAGAUGAAUGAGUGUCCACUUGACCCAGGUGGCUAUUUCAUUGUCAGAGGACAAGAGAAAGUGAUCCUGAUGCAAGAACAGUUGGCUCGCAACAGGAUUAUUGUAGAGGAUGACGGCAAAGGUGGUGUUCAGUGUCAAGUUACAAGCAGCACUCACGAGAAAAAGUCUCGAACAAAUGUUGUUGUCAAAAAUGGAAAAUAUUACCUAAAACAUAACACACUGCAAGAUGAUGUUCCUAUUGCUGUAGUUUUCAAGGCUAUGGGGGUAGAGAGUGACCAAGAAAUUGUACAAAUGAUUGGAACUGAGGAAAGAAUGAUGCAACGAAUAGCCCCUUCUCUUGAGGAAUGCCACAAAGCAAAUGUUUUUACGCAGACACAGGCUCUCAGAUAUAUUGGAGGAAAACUGAAACAGAAACGGUUUUUCACACCUGCUCCUAAGAAGACUCCUAUUGACGAAGCACGUGACCUGCUGGCUACAACAGUUCUUGCUCAUGUACCAGUCGAAAAUUUCAACUUCAAAAUUAAAGCAACAUACACAGCAUUGAUGGUCCGCAGGGUCAUGCAGGCAGAAGUGGAUCAUAAUCUGAUUGAUGAUCCAGACUAUUAUGGUAACAAAAGACUGGAAUUAGCUGGUUCACUUCUGGCACUGAUGUUUGAAGACUUAUUCAAGAGAUUCAACUGGGAGCUCAAGAUAAUUGCUGACAAGAACAUCCCCAAAUUAAAGGCAGCACAGUUUGAUAUUGUGAAGCACAUGCGGCAAGACCAAAUAACAAAUGGUUUAGUUCAUGCUAUAUCAACGGGUAACUGGACAAUCAAGAGGUUUAAAAUGGACCGCCAGGGAGUGACUCAGGUUCUUUCAAGACUCUCCUACAUUUCAGCAUUAGGAAUGAUGACACGAGUCAACUCCCAGUUUGAAAAGACGAGGAAAGUUUCAGGUCCUCGCUCCCUGCAACCUUCUCAGUGGGGAAUGUUAUGUCCAUCUGAUACACCUGAAGGAGAGGCUUGUGGAUUAGUUAAGAAUUUGGCGUUAAUGGCUCAUAUUACAACAGAAGUAGAAGAAGGUCCUAUAAUUCGGCUAGCAUUUAAUAUGGGAGUGGAAGAUGUUAAUUUGCUUGGUGGAGAGGAAAUUAACAGUUGUGAUGUCUACAUGGUAUUUCUUAAUGGUAACAUCUUAGGGAUAAUACGAGAUUACAGCCGACUUAUAAGAGUAUUCAGGUUGUUACGAAGACGAGGCUUAAUAAGCGGAUUCAUUUCAAUAUACCCUAUGCAUAACCAUCGGUGUAUUUAUAUCAGUUCUGAUGGUGGGCGUCUUUGUAGGCCAUACAUAAUUGUCCAUAAGGGUAAACCACUUGUAAAGCAGCAGCAUAUUCAAGAGCUUAUACAGGGCCUGAGAAUUUUUGAAGACUUCCUGAAUGAUGGUCUUGUGGAGUUUCUUGAUGUGAAUGAGGAGAAUGAUAGUCACAUUGCAUUGUCUGAAGCUACCAUUGAUCCUCGACUCACAACCCAUCUCGAGAUUGAACCAUUCACUCUGUUGGGUGUUUGUGCUGGACUUGUUCCUUAUCCACACCACAACCAAAGUCCAAGAAAUACAUACCAGUGUGCUAUGGGGAAGCAAGCCAUGGGUACAAUUGGUUAUAACCAACGAAAUCGGAUAGAUACAUUGCUGUAUAAUUUGGUAUACCCACAGGCGCCUAUGGUGAAGUCUCAUACAAUUGAACUGACAAACUUUGAUAAAAUUCCAGCGGGACAAAAUGCAAUUGUAGCUGUUAUGAGCUACAGUGGUUAUGACAUUGAGGAUGCCCUAAUAAUAAAUAAAGCAUCCAUCGAUAGAGGUUACGGACGAUGUCUUGUUUACCGAAAUGCUAAAUGUACUCUUAAACGUUAUGCAAAUCAGACGUAUGACCGUAUUUUGGGUCCCCUGGUUGACCCAGAAACAAAGAAACCAGCAUGGCAACAUACUUGUUUAGAUGCUGAUGGCAUUGCUUCACCAGGAGAGAAAGUGGAAAACAGACAGUGUCUUGUGAAUAAGUCAAUGCCAACAGUGACACUGAAUCCAGUUAACACUGGGCAAGAGCAAGCUACAGAAUACCGUGAUGUUCCAGUUAGUUAUAAGGGUGCAGAGCCAUCAUAUAUUGAGAAAGUAAUGGUUUCAUCUAAUAACGAAGAAGAUUUCUUAAUUAAAGUUUUGCUCAGACAAACAAGACGGCCUGAAAUUGGUGACAAGUUCAGUAGCCGACAUGGACAAAAGGGAGUAGUUGGUCUCAUAGUGGAGCAGGAAGACAUGCCAUUCAACGAUCAGGGUAUCUGUCCAGAUAUGAUCAUGAACCCCCAUGGAUUUCCUUCUCGAAUGACAGUGGGGAAACUGAUUGAACUUUUGGCUGGAAAAGCUGGCUUAAUGCAAGGAAAAUUUCAUUAUGGAACAGCAUUUGGAGGUUCUAAAGUGUCAGAUGUGUGCGAAGAACUCGCAAAAUAUGGUUUCAAUUACCUUGGGAAAGACUUUUUCUAUUCGGGUAUUACUGGGGAACCUCUGCAAGCGUACAUAUAUUCUGGGCCGGUUUAUUACCAAAAGCUCAAACACAUGGUGCAGGACAAAAUGCAUGCUCGGUCACGUGGUCCAAGAGCAGUUUUGACUAGGCAGCCUACAGAAGGCCGAAGCAGAGAAGGUGGUCUUCGCCUGGGGGAGAUGGAACGUGAUUGCCUCAUUGGUUAUGGUGCAAGUAUGAUGCUUGUUGAAAGACUCAUGAUUUCAAGUGAUGCUUUUGAUGUGGAUGUCUGCAACCAGUGUGGACUCCUAGCUUACUCUGGAUGGUGUCACAGCUGCCACUCCAGCAAGUCUGUCUCAACUAUCAGAAUUCCAUAUGCAUGUAAGCUACUGUUUCAAGAGCUUCGAUCCAUGAAUAUUGUGCCACGACUGACUCUCAAAAACUACUGUGACUGAUGUAUUUGUAUAUAUUUUGUAUAUUUGAGGAAAUAAAUUAUUGUUUUUUUAAUAA